AUGGCUCGCCUGUCAGGCUUACAGAAAGAGGUACUCGGCUUGUACCGUCAAUGCCUGAGAGAAACACGCAAGAAACCAGAUGCCUCCCGUAAACACUUUCAGGCUUUUGCCAGGUCCGAGUUCAACAAGAACCUGGCCAUCGAGAAGCGCGAUUUCGCUGCCAUCGAGUUCCUGCUGAGGAAGGGGCGGAGGCAGCUCGAGAGCUACGCAGCACCUGGCAUCAAGGACAUCAGAUGA